UACAUUUGGGAAUAAAUUUCGAUAUAUUUAUAUUUUUUUUUGUCUAAAAAUGCAUAUUAUUAUAAAUCAAACAGUAUUUAGUGAUUAAUUACUAUAUUUGACAGUAUCAUUGGUGAAUUUCUUAUUGAAAUGUACAUAUGUGAUGAUUUUAGAACAUUAAUAAAAAUUAUGAAAUGAUUUAUUUAAAAAAAAUAUUACACAUAUAAGAAUAUCAUAUAAUUAUUUUAAAAUGAAACGUUCGAAAAUCGAUAUUAUUAAUGCAACUGUUGAAUCAUAUUUAAAACGACGUCGUUAUCAGGAGUAUGAUGAAUUUCGUAAAACCGAUCGUAACAGAUCUGUUACCAGUGAAGAAAUGACUCUUAAUGAAAUGGCAGAAACAGGAACAUCUACAAAAAAUUCAAUUAUCUUUAGCACAAUUAUAAAUGAUGUUGUUGCUGCUAACCAAGCUUAUCAGAGAUUCAAAGAUUGGAUAAACUCAAUCAAAAAUGAUGAUAUAAAGCAGCAAUUAAAAUUUAUGUUAUACCCAGUAUUUUGCCAUCUUUAUUUGGAUAUUAUUUAUGCUGGAAAUUUACAGGCUGCAAUAGAAUUUUUUAAAACUUACCAAAAAGAUUUUGCAGCAGAUACUGAAAAGAAUUUCUUGGAAGAAUUAUCCAAUGUUUUUUCUGUUCAAGAUGUUGAGAUAAGACCAUUAGCUAGUGCAUUUAGAAAUAGGAAAUAUAAAGUGAAUAUGUCUGAUGAAGCUUAUAUUGCAUUACAAAAAUAUCUUGGUAAACAUGGACAUGUUAUAAUCAUGCAGAUUAUAAAUAUUCAUAUAGCUAUUGUGAGAAAAAUUUCUGAUUAUGCCGAUGAAAAUAAGACUUAUAAUUCUUCAAAAUGGGGAAGCAUAGGAAUAAACGGUCACACAGAACAAGUUUCUGGUACUGGCAUAGAUAGAGAAAUGAGAGAGCUUCAAGAAGCUAUUCGAUUAUUGAAAAAUAAUCCUCACAAACCACUGAGAAUAUUAAAAGUUAAUAAUUCAACAGAAAAUGCUAGUUGUGCAAGAAUGACACAUAACAUGGACAAAAUUGCUGUUGGAUUUAGCUCAAAUGAGAUUAGAAUAUGGGCUAUGGGUGAUAAUGUAUUAAUGAGGCCCAAGUUGAGAUCUAGAUCAGUUAUUCUUGCACCAAGUAUUACUUCAUCUAAUCAGUUGUCUGAAGAGAAUUUUGAAAUUGAAGAAGCAGGAAGUAUAAUUCUACGAGGACAUACAGAUGUAGUCCAUGACUUGAGAUUUGUUUGUGAGUCGCAAGUUCUUCUUUCUGUUUCUAGUGAUAAUGAUAUGAGAGCAUGGCGUACUGAUGAUUAUACCUGUUCUACAAUUUAUAGCGGUCACAAUUAUCCAAUUUGGUGUAUGGAUACAAGUCUAUUUGAUUUACAUAUUGCCACUGGAUCUCAUGAUCGAACGGCCAAACUUUGGUCUCUUGAUAGAAAAUUUCCCCUUCGAGUCUUCGCUGGCCAUUUUAUGGAUGUUAAUUCAGUCAAAUUUCAUCCGAACGCACGAUAUAUCGCAACGGGUUCUGCAGACAAAUCACUUCGACUAUGGAAUAAAGAUGAUGGAAAAUUAUUACGAUCCUAUGUUGGAGCACAAUCGACUAUUUAUAGUUUGGUAUUUAGUCCCGAUGGAAGGUAUUUAGCUUCAGCUGGUGAAGAUAAAUCUGUUAUGAUUUGGGAUUUAGCAACAGAUGCUCUUCUUAAUGAAUUAAAAGGUCAUCAAGCUACUGUAAUGCAAUUAGAUUGGAGUCCGGACGGACAAUUCAUUGCUAGUGGAAGCAGUGAUGGUGUUGUCAGAAUAUGGUCUACCAAAACAUUUGUGAAAACUACUAGCAGUGGAUCAAGUGGCCCCGUAUCAGAUACAGAAAUUCCUACAGUUCAAGAAUUCGCAACAAGUAGUUCAGCAAUUUUAUCACUUCAGUUCAACCCUAAAACUAAUUCACCAAUUUGUAUUGUUUCUUCGUAAAAUAUGAAAAAAAUAUAAAUAUUUCUUAGUUUA